AUGACCCCGACGAAUGAAAAGAUGCCCGUGGAGAAUAGAAUAAUUAAAAGAGGCGAAGUUUAUUACACUAAUUUGGAUGACGCCAUAGGACACGAACAGAAAAACGAUAAAGACAGUGAAAGACGUUUAGCAGUGAUAGUUUCUAAUAAUAAGCAAAACGAACAAAAUAAAGUAGUGGUUAUUGUUCCCCUUUCCAGCAAAGUUCACAAUCUUAAACCUUCUUUUCAGGCUCCCACUUAUUUUCAAGGAAAGCCUGGCAAAGCCAAAUGCGAACAAGUGCGGGCGGUGGAUGUAGAAAGAUUAUUAGGAAUUAAGCAAGGAAAUUUAACUGAAAAUGAAAUGGAAAAUAUCGAGAAAAAAUUGCUAAUAGUUUUAGAUUUGGUAAAAUAUCUCGGUCGAACUAGUGAAA